AUGGGUGAGAGUCCACCACCUUGCGGUAUUAUGAACUUAAAUCUUUCUAUCGGCAGCAGCAGCAGCAGCACCCCCUCCCCCCCCUCCUCCUCCUCCUCCUCCACCCUUGGAAGACAAUUUGUACCGCGUAUCACUUUUAAUAUAAAUGGGCCGGCAGCCUAUCAGUUGGAAGCCAUUCGCUGCAGCACAGCACUAUACGAUCAACCGGCCCGGCCAGCGCCGACGAGGGACGACCAGCUCACCAUGACUAGCAACCACUCCGUCUGCCGGCGAUCGUGCGCCAACGUGCUGGUGCUGCUGCUCGGUGCGACCGUGAUAUGUCCGGCGUACGGCAUCAUCGACCGGCUGGUGGUGCAGACCAGCAGUGGGCCGAUACGCGGCCGCUCGACCAUGGUGCAGGGGCGCGAGGUGCACGUCUUCAAUGGGGUCCCGUUCGCCAAACCGCCGGUCGACGGGCUGCGCUUCAAGAAGCCUGUCCCCGCCGAACCGUGGCACGGGGUGCUCGAUGCAACCAGAUUACCUCCGUCGUGCAUACAGGAACGGUAUGAGUAUUUCCCCGGCUUCGCUGGCGAAGAGAUGUGGAAUCCCAAUACCAACGUUUCUGAAGACUGUCUGUAUCUGAACAUCUGGGUGCCAACGAAAACUCGCCUCCGACAUGGCAGGGGUCUGAACUUUGGCAGCAAUGACUACUUCCAGGACGACGACGACUUUCAGCGCCAGCACCAAUCGAAGGGCGGUCUGGCGAUGCUGGUGUGGAUCUACGGCGGUGGCUUCAUGAGUGGCACCUCCACGCUGGACAUCUACAACGCCGAGAUACUGGCGGCCGUCGGUAACGUCAUCGUCGCGUCGAUGCAGUAUCGCGUGGGCGCGUUCGGCUUCCUCUACCUGGCACCGUACAUCAACGGCUACGAGGAGGACGCUCCGGGUAACAUGGGUCUGUGGGAUCAGGCGCUAGCGAUACGGUGGCUGAAGGAAAACGCCAAAGCGUUCGGUGGCGACCCGGAUCUCAUCACGCUGUUCGGUGAGUCCGCUGGCGGCAGCUCGGUCAGCCUGCACCUGAUGUCGCCCGUCACCCGGGGUCUGUCCCGGCGUGGCAUCCUACAGUCGGGCACACUGAACGCCCCGUGGAGCCACAUGACCGCCGAGAAAGCGCUACACAUUGCCGAGGGCCUCAUCGACGACUGCAACUGUAACCUCACGAUGCUGAAGGACUCGCCCAGCACGGUCAUGCAGUGUAUGCGGAAUGUCGACGCCAAAACCAUCUCCGUGCAGCAGUGGAACUCCUACUCCGGUAUACUGGGAUUCCCGUCCGCGCCGACCAUCGAUGGGGUCUUCAUGACCGCGGACCCGAUGACAAUGCUGCGCGAGGCGAACUUGGAAGGAAUCGACAUCCUGGUCGGCAGCAAUCGCGAUGAAGGCACAUACUUCCUCCUGUAUGACUUCAUCGACUACUUUGAGAAGGAUGCGGCCACCUCGCUGCCCCGGGACAAGUUCUUAGAGAUCAUGAACACCAUCUACAACAAAGCAUCCGAGCCGGAACGCGAAGCUAUCAUAUUCCAGUAUACGGGUUGGGAGAGUGGAAACGACGGCUACCAGAACCAGCAUCAGGUGGGCCGGGCGGUUGGCGACCACUUCUUCAUCUGCCCGACCAACGAGUUCGCUCUCGGGUUGACGGAACGCGGCGCCUCGGUCCACUAUUACUUCUUCACGCACCGCACCAGUACCUCUCUCUGGGGAGAAUGGAUGGGCGUUUUGCAUGGCGACGAGGUGGAGUACAUCUUCGGCCAGCCGAUGAACGCGUCGCUGCAGUAUCGUCAGCGGGAGCGGGACCUGAGCCGGCGUAUGGUCCUGUCGGUGAGCGAGUUCGCACGGACGGGCAACCCGGCACUGGAGGGGGAACACUGGCCGCUCUACACGCGCGAAAAUCCGAUCUACUUCAUCUUCAACGCCGAAGGGGAGGACGAUCUGCGCGGCGAGAAGUAUGGCCGCGGUCCGAUGGCCACCUCGUGCGCCUUUUGGAACGACUUUCUGCCGAGGUUGCGCGCCUGGUCCGUGCCCUCGAAGAGUCCGUGCAACUUGGUCGAGGCCGUCUCGCAGGGCAGCAGAACCGGGGCGACGUUGCUGCACUUCGUCGCGAUGCUGACCCUACUCCUGUCCCUCGUGAACUAA